CGCGUGGGGCGGGCUCUCGGGCUCUCGCGACCCUGCGCACGCCCGGGCGUUUCGGAACCCCUGUCUUUGGGCCGCAGCCCCGGGUCUCCGACCGCGCGCGAGGCAAGAUGUUGAGGCGCAGCUUGGAAAACCGGGAUGCUCAAACCAGACAACUGCAAGAUGCUGUCACAAAUGUGGAGAAGCACUUUGGAGAGCUGUGCCAAAUCUUUGCUGCUUAUGUGCGGAAAACCGCCAGACUGCGAGACAAAGCAGACCUCCUGGUGAAUGAAAUCAACGUGUAUGCCUCUACAGAGACCCCGAAGUUAAAGCAGGGCCUGAAAACCUUUGCUGAUGAGUUUGCCAAACUUCAGGAUUAUCGACAAGCAGAGGUUGAAAGACUUGAAGCCAAAGUAGUUGAACCUUUGAAAGCUUAUGGAACCAUUGUAAAAAUGAAACGAGAUGACCUCAAAGCAACAUUAACAGCAAGGAAUCGAGAAGCUAAACAGUUAACUCAGUUAGAAAGAACACGUCAGAGAAACCCAUCUGAUCGACAUGUUAUUUCACAGGCAGAAACUGAAUUACAAAGGGCCACAAUGGAUGCUGCUCGAACAACUCGCCAUCUGGAGGAGACUAUUGACAGCUUUGAAAAGCAGAAAAUAAAGGAUAUAAAGACUAUAUUUUCAGAAUUUAUCACUAUCGAAAUGUUAUUUCAUGGCAAAGCUUUAGAGGUCUACACUGCUGCCUACCAAAAUAUACAAAAGAUUGAUGAAGAAGAAGAUUUAGAGGUUUUCCGAAAUUCUCUGUAUCCACCAGAUUAUUCAUCCCGUUUAGAUAUCGUAAGAGCAAAUUCAAAGUCACCUCUUCAGAGAUCACUGUCAGCUAAGUGCGUAUCUGGAACAGGACAGGGCGUAUUAAAAAGAUACCAAGGGCUUCCCUGGUGGCGCAGUGGUUGAGAGUCCGCCUGCCGAUGCAGGGGACACAGGUAUCCACCUGUCGACUAAGAAAGGAUCAACAAAUAGAAGAUGAUGAAGAGGAUGAAGACUUAGAUGUUACAGAAGAAGAAAAUUAAAUUUCUUAAGUAAACUUUGCAUUUCCAUUUUCAUCUUAAAUGACUUGGAAUCCAGAAUGACUAAAACUGUAAAACUUUAUACUGGCUUGAAAUAAAAUGAAAUCCUACUGGAAAUGGAGAAAUUAUUAAAGGAAAUUUAUGCUGACCAAAAAUGAAGUUUUAAAAAAUAUUACAAACCAGUCAUUUCAACAUUCUGUCUAGCAGCAUGUGAUCUUUUUGUAUAAGUUCCAUUUUUUAAAAAAGAUUAUGUAUUUCAGAAGUAUUUCAUAUUAAUGCAUUAUACCUAGUUGAGGUUACACUAGUUAAAUAGAUAACAACAACAACAAAAAAAAUCUAACAAUUCCACUUGCUUCCUUUAGGUUAAGACACCGUGCUUUCAAUACCAGAAAAGGGUCCUAGAUAGUCAUUCUGAUGAAAUACAAAUUCUGUUCCAUAAAGCUUUAAUCAAAAAGCCAAGUUUUCUUUUUUUACUUUUUUUUCACUUCUACUACAACCUGAAGUUUCAUCAUUCAAUAUAUAAAUUUACUUUUCAACGAGAGUAUUAUAGUCACUCUUAACAAUAAUAGGACACUAGGAUAUUGGUGUUUUACAACUAUACAUAAAGCAUAAAUUUUAGCUUUAGAAAGCUACAUUCAGCUUGAUUCUGGUUUUAAAACGAAGCCACUGUCAUACUAAAGUGCUAUAUAUGGCACUACAUCUUUUGCAAAGCUAUGAUUUGGUGGAAUGUUGCCCUAAAAAACAUCAUGGAAAACCAUAAAUCAGUAAAAAUUCUGUAAAACUUUUACCAAAUUACCAUCUAAUCAAUAAAAGAAUGUACAGUCACUCUUGUUCCUGAAAAUAUAAGACAAUUUAAUCA